AUGGAAAAUCAAAUCAAGUAUUUCAAAGCCCAGAUCUUCAUUAUGAAAUCGAAACAGCUUUUAUUGGAAAAACAAUUCAAAGGUUUGAACGCGACACGACCUAAAGGCUCUCAACAACGUCGGAUACGACAACUAAUGUACACAUUGAACAAACAAGUGGAAAAACUGUACAAGUUAAUGAAAACGAAUGAGUGUGAUGAAGGACCGUGCUUAAAUGGUGGUACUUGCUUGGACUUAUUUGCUUCCUACCAUUGUAUUUGCACUAGUCAUAUGGAGGUAAGGUGGUUUUAAAAUACGGGAAAUAUAAAUUGACUAGUUUUACUCUACCCUACCCUCGGUUACCUUACCGUACCCUACCUUUGCCUGCCUUAUCCCGCUUUUGCCUACUCUACUUUACCUUUCCCUACCUUAACCUGCCCUACCCUAGCUUGCCCCAAAUCGCACUACUUACCCUACCCUACUCUUUGACUUACUGUAACAAUUGGACUUAAAAAAUCAAUCUUUAAAGCCCUAUUUUUCAUUAGGGUACGCACUGUGAAAAACGCAUUGACGAAUGUGCCAUGAUCAAGAACACUCAUGCCGACUGUCAAAACGGCGGAACUUGUAUCAACAACGUCCACGGUCCAGGCACAAUGUGUAAAUGCCCACCAGGGAAAUACGGUUCACAUUGUCAAAAAACUGAAGGCGUAUGUUCAGCUACAAGUACUGACUUGUGUGGUGAGAACGGUCAUUGUAUAACCAUCGUACCACAGUAUUCUGGAGCAGCUCCAUAUAAAUGCGUAUGUGAUUUUGGUUAUCAGUCUAACAGUGAUAUUAUGACGCCGUUGUGUGUUGAUAUCGAUGAAUGUGCGGCCGAACACUCGCCGUGCUACAAAGGAGCGGGAGUGAAUAAUUAUGGAGCAGAGUGUAUCAAUUUGCCUGGAAGUUUUAAGUGUGGGAGUUGUCCAAAAGGGUACUUUGGUGAGUUUUUUAAUGAAAAAAGAUUUGAAAAUUAGAUUGAAGAUUACAUAUUUUGUAAAAUACGAUGGUUGUUGUAGCAAUAUUAAGAAAAAUCUGUUAUUUAUGGAUUUAUUUAAUAGAUAUUUUUAUUUUUUGUCAUUUAAGGCCGUUUACAAUGUAAAAACAUACAAAACUCCUAAUAAACCCUCGUUUCCCCCACUUGCGUACUCACUAACCCCCUCUCUUUCUAUUACUCUCGAUACCCUUUCGUUUAUUCGCUUACCAAACGCUUUGAGCAAAUAGUCGAGUGGCUAAAGCGUUUUCUUUGCGCACGAAAGCCCUUUGGUUCGGGUUUGGCUGCCGAUGAAGACAACUUUCACGCUGAAUCACGGCCACGAGAGGCUAACAAAGUAGCUGGACCUUGGUUUGGCGAAAGGUUCGGGCCGUUUGUGGGUUAGCAUGAUUAAGAUUAUGAGAGCUGAGGCUUUUUUGAAACUUUUGAAUUAGUUUUUGUUAAAUUUUGAUUGCUUAGGCCUAGAAAAGUGCUAAAGAUCUAUAGUUAUACCCGGUUGUCCGAAUAUGGAUGAGCCACUAUGUUCAAAUUUGGGCGUUUUAAAUGGCUCUUCCAUAUUCUGACAAUCUAAUAUAAUAUAUCCAAAGCUUAAUAUCUUUAAACUUUAAGGCAACGGCAUCCACUGUGAAGACAUCAACGAAUGCUAUUCCGACCCAUGUUCGACUGACCCCAGAGUUGAGUGCAUAAACACCCCCGGCUCAUUUAAAUGCGGCUCCUGCCCGCUAGGCUACGAAGGUGAUGGCUUUACCUGCACCAAACUGUCAUUUUGUGACCCAAAUCCUUGUAACGAACAAGCCGAAUGUAUCGGUUUCCCCAAUCCAGGUUGUAAAUGUCCUCGAGGACAUAGUGGAACAGGCUUAAAAGGGACCGACUGUCAUUAUUCCUACUACAGUGAAUGUGACCAAUGUCUGAAUGGUGCAUCGUGCCGACGUUUGAAUGGAACUCACGUUAACUGCUUUUGCCUACCCGGAUAUUACGGUGACACAUGUCAAUACGAGGACAAGUGUUACAGUAAUCCAGAUAUGUGUGGUGGAGUUGGACAGUGCCAUAAUAGAGAAAAUGACGCUUAUUGUGUGUGCCCUGUGGGGAUUAUAUCGUAUUGUCUGGGGCCGGAGGAGAAAAAGAAAGGUAGGUUUGACCUUGGUAGGGGUAAGAGUAGUAGUCGGUCUCGGAUAGUACAGUAGGCUUUUAUCAAACUUAGAACACACAUUUUUUCAACAGAAAUGGUAAACAUGGACACAUGUGGCUACGAAGUCACUCAAAAUUCCGGCAACAUAACCAUGAAUCUACCUCAGUACAAUAGCCGUGUAUGUACACUGACUAUUCGACCGGAAGACUCUCGAAAGAUUCUGAAGGUAUGGAUAGCUGACUAUACCUCAUUCACGGCCAAUCCCAGCGAAAGUGACAUCUUGGCAGUGGAAAUAAAAGUCAAGGAAGCAACCACGGCUUGGGGUCAACACCCCCCGUCAGUGCAAUAUCCUUAUUAUACCAAGUCUAGCCAAUUGCAUUUGAUUUUCUAUACUCCGACUAUCAAUGACACCUUGUAUACGACCGUGGUAUGGGAAGCGGUCGAUCCGAUUUGUGGUGGUCGAUUUGAGGUGGGCGAAAGUCCUUACAGUUUUAGGACGACUAAAGCUUGGGAAGAGUGCCAAUGGUUCUUGGACGCGCCGAACGACCAGUUGAUUGAGGUUACUGUAGAGAAGAUGAUUACCUUGUCUGGUAGUGAGGUUAAUUGUGACGUUAAUUCACUUAAGGUUGGUUGUUUUGGUAUUAAUUUUAAGUUUAAUUACUAAAUUGAUGUUAAAGCCCUGAUAUAAAAAAUUCUCCUUUAGUUAUACGACAGUGGCCUACUAGACCCAAAUGUUCAGUUGGAUGAGAUCUGUGCUGAUAUUGACCAGCCUUUUGUUAAAAGGUUUUCUACCAAUCAUGCCAGUCUUCAGCUUGUAUUUGACAGUCGACAAAAAAGUGCCCUUUUAGAGGACUGUAAAUUAGCUACAAAAUCUAAAAAUAACACUGAAGAUGACCCAAUGUGUGCUAUGUACUUUUUGAUCACUUUCAAAGGAGUUCCUAGUAAGCUUUGUUAUCUAAAUAGCUAUAUAUUACCCUACAGUACUAGUUACACUAUCGUACUAUUCAUAUCAAAAACUUAGAUUAACCCUAGCUUUAUCCAAAAGUAUUCAAAAAGAACUCUUCAGAAGAAGAAGACUGUGGAGGAGUAAUAGAAGCCAGUGUAAAUCCAGAAGGCUUUAUCCAAACUCCAAAUUACGGUCAUGCCUACCCUCCGGACCUUUCUUGUGUUUGGGAGUUCAAAUUGAAAGACCAGUCAAAUCAAACCUUAUCAGAUACUGAUUACAACACCUACUCCUUAGACAUUAUCGACUUUGAUAUCAGAGGCACAGUAGAAGAGAUACCAGAAGACUCAAAGGUUGACGAUGCUUUAUGUUCGGGAGAUUACAUGAAAUUUGAUGUUGGUGCCAAGUUUUGUAACGGAUUCAGGCCUUCUCUCAAUUUUCACUUUUUCGAUGAGUUCAAGGUAGGUUAAUAUCCACAAAAUGACAAAAUGUCCACUUUUUUGAAGAGUUCAAGGUAGGUUAAUAUCUACAAAAUGAAAAAAAAUCUUUCUACUAUUCUAUGAAAUGCCAUAUCUCAUCACUACUGCAAUACAAACCAUAAAAAACCAUUUUUAGAUCGAGUUCAAAUCCGACUCCCGCUAUUCAGGCCGCGGAUUCAAAAUGGCAUACAAAGCUUCAUGUUUCCAUCUUUUCGAAGCCCCAACUGGAAUUGUAAGAUCUCCCAACGUUGGUGUACCUCAUCCUGAACCUUUUACAUGCACCUACGGUAUUCACGCGGCUAGGUCGGCCAUUGUCAAGUUAAAAUUUGACUUUAUCGGGCUGAAAACCUUCUCUUCCGGAUGUUUGGAGCUUCAAAAGUCAAACGACACUGAAGCCGAAGGCUUCAACGAUUAUAUUGAGGUAAGAUUUUGUCUUUUGUUAUCUUUGCUUUUGAUUUUAAGAUAAAACCCUACAAAAUUUGCUUAAAAUUUGAGUUUUCCAGACUUUAUACCUAAAAACCUCAUGGAUAACAUAAUAUUUCGCUGGAAAACAGCAAGAAACCUUUAUCUAAACCCAAAAAAUAUUUAAUAACUUACAAUAACUUCUUUCUUAUAGCUAAAAGGUGGCCAUUCACUCGACACAGCGUUAAACCGACGUUAUCAUUGCUCGAGGUAUCCAUUCGUAUCUCCAAGCGGCGAGAUGGUUGUCAGUGGAACAUCUGGUAUCAGCAUAACCUACAGCACAUCAGGAGCAGCUGACAACAAAGGAUUCUCAUUUUCCUAUACUGUUGAAGAGAAGGGAUGUGGUGGAUACUUCAAUUCGGACAAAGGUAAGUUUCGAUGUUGUUCUUGACAUUUCGAUGGGUGAUCGGCUUGAUUGUGAUGUAGCUGAAGGGUUUUUAGGUUUUAUUAUAUAAAUUAUAUAUUAAAAGAUUCAUAAAAAGCUGUAGAAUAUUUUGCAAUGGAAUUUAGCUGGUUUUACAUCCAUUUACCCACAUAAUUUUUGUCUAAAACAUAUUACACUAGACAACUUGAUGUCUGCGUGCUUUGAUUCGAUGUAGCCGUUUUUUUUCUUAAUCUUACUGGUUAAAUUUAGUAUCAAAAGAUGCAGCAUAAUCUAUAUUACACUCUAUGUAACAAUUUCAAUCCAAAAAUAUUACUUUCCCUACCAAUAACUUCAAUAUUGUUUUAGGUACCUUAACCUCACCAAACUAUCCAAACAAGUAUCCAAACCAUAUGUACUGUAUAUACCAGAUCCAAGCAGAGUCAAAUGAAGCAGUUAGACUUACUUUCGACGAUUUCGAUGUGGAGAAUGUUGCCAGCCGGCUGGAUUGUGGUUUUGAUGCGGUCGAAGUCUAUGAUGAAUAUGAUAGUGAGACGAGCAAAGGAAAAUUGUUGGGACGGUGAGUUUUUAUGGUUUUAUGGCUUCUGAAUUUAUGUUGGAGAUCAAGAGGUAGUCGGACGCUCGAAAGCAAGGAACUUUAGGCUUUGGACGAAGUGUCACAAAGUUAUCGAAAAUUUAGACGAAGUGUCAAAAAAUUAUCAGAAACUGUUUUUUGAUACUGAAGAUAAACUUUUCUGAAAAUCAAUGAUAAAAAAUUAUUUUUUUGUUGUUUUUUAGAUACUGUGGAGUAGCAAAUCCGCCUCCAAUUGUAUCAGCCACAGGCAAACUUGUAGUAGUAUUCACCAGCGAUCGUUCCGUCAAUGGAAAUGGAUUUUCGGCUCAUUUUGACACUGUAAAUCUACACAAUUAUUGUGAUGUGGUCUUGACAGAAUUGUCAGGAUCAAUCGACUUUAACAGAUCAAAUUAUGGCAACAUCCAGGAAUGUAACUACAGAAUUGUCCUCCCAGCUAUGGCGAGGAUUCAUUUGAAUGUCACCGAUUACGACAUACCUUGUGAAGAUGGCAAAGUUGUGAUUAAGUAAGAGUUUUAUAAGUGUUUUGAAAUUGUUUUUAUAGUCUUUUUACAUUUUUGCUUAAAAAUUUUUUAAACGUGUUUUAUCGUAUAACAUGGUCCCGGCAGCCUGCAGACCUUAAAAGCGUCAUUUUUAAGCAUUUUUAUUAAAUAUUUGAAAUUUUUUGUUGUAAAAUACGUUUUGCCAGGAAUGGCGGGCACUCAGACGCUCCAGGAUUCCCUCAGCUUUGGCCAGAUUCAUCGUUCUGUGGUGAUAAGGAAGUGCCAAGUAUGAUAACACAAGGAAAUCAAGCCUACAUUCAUAUAAAUCUAAAAAGUGGACGAAACACGGCUUUUAAAUUGGAAUACAAAAUGAUCGAACAAAGUAAAUUUUUUUUGCUUUGAGUACUGUAUAGUAAGGGUACUGAAAAGUAGACGAAAUGUCAAAAAAAGUUAUUAGAAAAGUGGACGAAAUGUCAAAAAAGUAUUGGAAAUUUUAUAUAGACUUUUAAGCCUAAAUGAUUGAAAAUUACUAUAUUUUGACGUCUUCUCAAAACUUUUUUUGGAAAAUUGACGAAAUGUCAAAAAUAUAUUGGAAAAAUAGACGAAGUGUCACACAAAUUAUCGAUUAAAAAUUUAAAAGAAAAAAUGACAUUUCAGGUUGCGGAGGCUACGUCCGAGGCUACACUGGAGAAAUCGCAUCACCACAAUACCCCAAAGCCGAUUCGCAUCAUCUUCAAUGUGAGUGGACGAUCGCUGUGGCCGAAGGUAAUCGAAUUCGCUUUCAAAUUGAUCAAAUGGACGACUUGGCAUCAGCUGAUUACACUGGAGUUUGUCAACCAUUUGCCAGGAACUUUAUCGACCUGUCGGAAGGCACGAAACGAGAUCUAAACGUUUUGAGAAGGUAUUGUAAACGAGAGGUUGCACCAGAGCCAUUGAUCACAAAUGGCAAUAACUUGGUGGUCAAGUACAAUCAAGUUGGUGGAAGCAUUAAUGGGGGAUUGUUUGGGUUUUUGGGACGAUUUAUCACUGGUAAGGUGCCUUGUUUGUUAUAUUUUGGGGUUAGAGUAAUUUUGAAAUAUCGAACGAAAUGUCACAAAAGUUAUCGGAAAUUACGACGCAAUGUCACAAAAUUAUUGGAAAAGUAUUUUUUAUUAUUUUUAUUAAAAACGGAAAAUAAUAAUUUAUUUCUAAACGGAUUUUGCAUUUUUAUAGUGGGGUGAACGAAAUGUCACGAAAAAUAUUGGAAAUGAUGACGAAGUGUCAAAAUAUAUUGGAAAAAUAUUUUUUUUAAAAUUUUUUAAAAAGGCAACAAAACGAUUAUCUUUAUAAUUUUCAAAAAUUUUUAAUAAUUUUAAAAGCCGUUUUUUUGCAUUUGUGACGAAGUGCCACAAAAAUUAUUGGAAAAUUUUAAAGGCUUGGUUUCAAUGUCAGCUGAGAUUUUAAUGAUUUUUACUUAACCCACUGCUUUCAGUAAUUGAUUUACUAAACCUUUCGUUUUCAGUAUGCAACAACAUAGUCUUGACCGGUUCCCACGGUUCGAUUCAAUCACCUGGCUAUCCGUAUCCGGUCGGUGAAGCUCGAGCUUGCAGUUGGUCGAUCAAAACCUAUGCCGGCUCCAGAAUCAAGCUAGUCUUCCACAAAUUCAGACUAGAUAAUGCUGUAUUGAUAAGAAGCAGAGGCCUGAACGAAUGCUUUACGAACUAUCUGGCUGUCAAAAAGUCCCAAGUGAACCAUACGGUGGGUAGUGAAGAUGGUACGACUACUGAAGACAUGAAGGCGACAAAGUUCUGUAAUCCAUUCGCUGUGCCAGCGGAGAUUUACUCGAACAGUAAUCAGUUGGACUUGAACUUUACUGUCACUAAACAGUCUUCUGAGAAUCAUUUCUGGCUGUCUUGGAGCACUAUUGGUAAGGUUGGGUUGAGGGUUGUGGUAGGACAAGGGUGAGUAAUGUUGAUGGUCGAACAGGGGUAGGUAAGGUAAUGUGGAAUGGCUCAGAGAGAUUGGGGUGGGAGGGGGGUGGUGUAAGGUACAUGGAGUGGGCUUGGAUAAAGCUAGCAGAAAAAAGAAUGGGAACAGGAGCUGGUAUGGCUUAGUACGAUAGUAGUAGGGUAGGGAAGGAAAAAUCGGGAUUGGGAUGGGUUGGGCAGGGCAAGGCAAGGCUGAACGGGCUGCAGGGAAAAGUGGGGUAGGGUAGGACAUAGAAACUCUGGACAGGGCUUGCAAAGCAAGAUAGGGUACUGUGGGACAAGGCCUGGCUGGGCAAAUCUUGUACGGUAAGGUAGGGUAGGACAAAGCAUUGCAGGCGGGACAAGGCUGGCGGUGCUGGGUAUGUUUGGGUACGAUAGGAUAGGGUAGGGUACGGUAUCUUAAAGUAUAGUAUGGUAGGGAAGGGUAAAAUAGGAUAGGGCAGAGUAGGGUAGGUAGGGUAAGGUAGGGUAGGGCAGGGUAGGGUAGGGUAGGGUAGGGUAGGGUAGGGUAGGGUAGGGUAGGGUAGGGUAGGGUAGGGUAGGGUAGGGUAGUGUAGGGUAGGGUAGAGCAGGGUAUGGUAGUUAAAUCAUAAUUUUAUUUCCAGGCUGUGGCGGAGUAAUUCUACGAAACAAUUCAAAAUUAGAAGCAUCAGUCGACGACUUUGUAAAUGUGUCAUUAUCAGCGCGAAGAGAAUGUGACUGGAUAAUAAAAGCACCGGUUGGUUAUGUGGUCAAAGUUGAUAUUGCUGAAAUGUACAUGGUGGAACAAAUACCUGAAGGGCUUUGUCCUGACGAUAUGAAGCAACUUAACGGAAUUAUGGUAAGUUUUUUUGUAUUUUUUGAGGUUUUUGACAUUUUUUAUUGAUUUUUUAUUUUGUCACAUUUUGUCUAAUUAAAUUUUAUAUGAAGACAUGUUUUUUUAAAACUAAUAAUUAGGUUUUUGUAAAUUAUUAAUUAUAUGUUACAUUUUCCAAUAUACUUUUUGACACCUUGUCAGCUUUUCCAAUACUUUUUGUGACAUUUUGUUCAACCUAAAAUUUUUCAAAAUUUGGUUUUUUUUAAUAGAAAACGUUGUAUUUUAACAAUAUUCAUUAUAAUAUUUUUUACUACACUUUUGACACUUCGGCAGCUUUUCCAAUAACUUUUGUGGCAUUUCGUCUAAUAUUGCGUUUUUCAGUUCUUCUCCGGAGCGAAUGUCACAGAAUACCCUCAAUGGAGUUAUUGUGGACGAAUCGAAGCCUACAAAAACAAAUCCUACACUUCUCAUACGAAUGAAUUGGCAAUUCGGUUGGGAAUGGACGCUAAGUAUACCACGAAGAAUGGCACCAUUUUCAAUGCCAAUGUCACAUUUGUCAAAAUGGAUGGUACUAGGGCUUGUGGUGGGGUUGUUCAAGGUAAAAUACGGCACUUCAAUAUAAUACGUUUUAAUUUUAAAAAUAAUUUUGAAAAUUUUUUAAAAAUUUAAAAAAAACACGAAAUUACAGUACUCCCUGGCCACAACCGCACAAUAACCUCGCCAAACUUCCCCAAACAAUACCCUAAGGCGAUUGAAUGCUUAUGGCAGUUUGAAACGAUCAAAGGCUUCUCAUUGGCCUAUAAUCUGUCACAUUUCAUUACACCGACUAGGAGACGUCACCCGCCAAUUGGAUUUGUCACUAGUAUAAGGUAGAUGAAGGAAAGAAUAGGAAAUUGUAGGGUAGGUUAGGGUAGAGUAGGGUAGAGUAGGGUAGGGUAGGGUAGGGUAGGGUAGGGUAGGGUAGGGUAGGGUAGGGUAGGGUAGGGUAGGGUAGGGUAGGGUAGGGUAGGGUACGGUACGGUACGGUACGGUACGGUAGGAUAGGGUAGGGUACGGUAGGGUAGGGUAGAGCUAGCUAAUGAUAAAGCUUUAAAUUUAUAAAAACCUGCACUUUUUUCAUUUCAGAUGCAGUUCAGCCAUGAUGUACAUCGAGGGUGGUCUAGCCGUCUACUCAGGUGAAUACAGUCCAACCAACAGUCUUUUCGGAACAUAUCGUGAAUCGAAGGGGGCUGUGUCAAGAAUCUGUAACGAUAUUACAAGUCCGGUCAUUUUCAAUAUAGUGAACAAUGUGUCUACAGUAACCUUUCACGGAGCCCCAUUCGAAGCCAAUAUUCCCUCAGGCGAUUCGGCUCAAAGAGAUCAAAUUGGUUUUGUCAUGGAAGCUUUUGCUGUUUGUGGUGGCACAUUGGAGGCGGGUGAUGAUAAGAAAACAUUGAGUUUACAUCAGAAUAUGCUACAUGACAAUGGAGGGUGCAAGUUCAGGAUUGUCAGAGAGGAUUCGAGUAUGUUUUUGAAUCGUUUACUAUUUAAAAAAAAAUUUAAACUAAUUUUUUAAAGUAUUUUAUAUAUUACUUUGUUAUCUGCUGACUUUUUUUAUUUAAAGACAGGUUAUACGAUGAAACAUGUCCGAACAUGUUUUAUCGUAUAACUUGUCACCAAUUACAAAAUUAAAUAAAAAUACUAUAAUUACUGCUUAGAAAUGACAGUAUGUCGCUAUUUGAAACACUGUAGCUAAUAAAAUUAUAUUGAGGACAUGUUAUACCAUGAAACAUGUCCAAACAUCUAGCAUGUUUCAUCGUAUAACAUGUCACCAAUUACAAAAAUAGAUAAAAUACUAUAAUUACAGCUUAGAAAUGACAGUAUUGAGCUAUUUAAAACAUUGUGGCUAAUAAAAUUAUAUUGAGGACAUGUUAUACCAUGAAACAUGUCUGAACUGUCCAAACAUGUUUUUUCGUAUAACAUGUCACCAGAUACAGAAAUAAGUGAAUAUCUUAAAUCUGCAGCUUAGAUUUUUUAAUAUUGGUCUGUUUGAAGCAAUACUUUCAAUAAAAAUUUUUUAAGACACAUGUGAUACGAUGAAACAUGUCCGAACAUGUUUUAUCGUAUAACAUGUCUUAAAUGUGCCAUUUUACUGAAAUAUGAAAAAUUUUUAAAUUACAUAUGUUCCAGCUGCUUAUUCAAAGCAAAUUGUAACGGGAUUCGAGUUGGUGGACUUGAACGCUUUCGACGAUGAUCAAGAAGUCUUCUUGAACGUUACCUGUGGUAACGAUGUUGAACCGUAAGCUUCUUAUCAUAAUUUAGAAAAGUUUUUACUACACAUGGACGUAUUUUACAUUCAAUUUUUGAUAACUGAAAAGCAUUUUUUGAAAAAAUGACGUUUUAGAAACUACGCUUCGACUAAAAACCGUCAUAUCAAUGUAGUGAAAUGUGAUUUGGAUGUGGUAGUGGAAGUCAGUGAAAUACCAAAAGAUGCCACGUUUGUGUUGCAUUACAGUACUGUUAGCUACAGUAAGUUUUUUGCAGGGUUUAAAAUGUUUUUUAGGGGUACUGGGUAUGGUGUAGGAUUAGGUCUGGAAGUAAGGGGUAGAAGAAAGGUUAUAGAAGAUAGGCAUUGAAUUGAGGGGGUAGAAGGUACAGGGUAGACAGUAGGGGGUAGAAGGCACGGGUUGAAUGUGGGGGUGGGAGUUAGGGGGUAGAAGGUAGGGGUAAAAGUAGACGUAAUGGUAGGGGUAGAGGUAAACGUAGGAUAUUGCUUGAAGUAGGGGAUAGAAUGUAAGGAGUAGAAUAUAAGAGAUAGAAGUUAGGGGGUAAAAAUAAAGGGAUAAAGAAGGGACUGGGGAAGGUGGUAGUAGAUAGGGUGUGGAAGCUAGGGCAUAAAAGGUAGGGGGUAGAAAAUAGAGGGUAGAAUGUAGGGAGUAGUUGGUAGGGGGUAGAAUGUAGGGGGCAGAAGGUAUGAGGUAGAAGGUAAGGGGUAAAAUGUAGGUAGUAGAAGGUAAGGGGUAGAAGGUAGGGGGUAAAACGUAGGGGGUAGAAAGUAAACGGUAGAAAGUAAGAGAUAUAACAUAGGGGGUAAAUGGUAGGGGGUAGAACGUAGAAUGUAGGGAGUAGUUGGUAGGCUCUAGAAAGUAGGGGUGGGGGUACGGAUUACCAGCAGGGUAGUAGUUUUUAAGCCUGAGGUUUCAUUUUGAAGACUAAAUUUCCAUUUUCAGUGUGCGGAGACAUUGGUGAUGCUGUAAAAGGAAACUACGAAAUUAGUGGUGAUAUGGACUGUGAUUAUGUUAUCAAAAACAGUCCUGGUAACACUGUGAAGUUUUAUUUGGAGUAAGUUUGAUUUUUUUGUAUUUUGUGCUGUUUUGAUAUUCAGAGGACAAGUUUAUACGAUGAAACAUGUCUGGACACUUUUUAUCGUAUAACAUAUCGCUUUGGGCAUUUUUUGUUGUAUGACAUGUCACUAAAAUUAUAAAAAAAGGAAAAAUACUGAUUUUUAUCUUAAAUUUGGCAUUUUUAAUUAAAUUUUAAUGAUUUUUUGAUUUUUUUUAUUUUGUGACGUGUUAUACGAUGAAACAUGCCCGGACACUUUUUAUCGUAUAGCUUGUCUCUGAUAUAAAACGAUGGCUAAAAACUUGAAAUUUAUUAAUUUUCAGAGAUUCCUACAUCCCAGAAUCCGUUGGUUGCGCACAAAGCUACGUUGAAAUACGAAGCGGUGACAAAAGAAACCUCUUGGCCAGGCUAUGUGGCACAAUCCUGCCAAGAACAUACGAAGCCGAACAACUCUACAUUCGAGUACUGCGCAAACGAUUUGAAGACGAUGACGAUACAGAAAUGUUGGUACCAACCCAGGCUAGUCCGGAGCAAUGGCUUAAAUUCCGCUUCGAAAAGAAGCUGGGAGGCGUGGUGAAGGGGAAUCAUUUGGUUCUACCGAUCGGAUCAACCAAAAUCGUACAAGCUGAUAAGGAGAUUACAUGGAUUUUGAGAGCCAAUAGCACGGAGCAGCAUAUCGAAGUCAAUUUGAACUCAUUGGUGGCUUUUAAGCUGCAGGUAAGGGGAAAAAUUUGGUUGAAGGGGUAAUUUUUGACGACGACGAAGGUACCUGACCUGGCCCUCUCUGAUUGACUUCAAACUUUUUAUACAGAAAGAAAAAGUAAAUAUAAGAUCUUCAGCAAAGUACUAAGCCUCGCUUUCCAGGAAAUCGCGAGAAAAUGGAUAUCAAAAAAUUACGUUUUGAAUUUCCCGCCAAAUUGGCAUUGUGUUGCAAGCUUAUAACUUCGCUAUUUUUUUAACUUUAAGCAUUUUUCAUUGAUAUACUAGUAGAAUACUUUUAAGUGAACCUACAUUUUUAAAUUUGUAAGUGUAGCUUGUCUUGAAAGUCGAAAAAAAGUACUUGAAACAGAAUGCCAAAUUUGCCAAAUUGGCGGGAAACCAAAUAAUUCAAAUUUAAAAGCGUGAGCUAAACCUUUUUAUAGGUACUAUUGGUGGUACAAUGAAUUCAUAUAAAAAUUUUUAGCUGCUUCUGAGCGGGGUAGGUAGGGUACGUACCCUGUCGGACGGGGGCGUUCACAAAUUUCAAACUAUUUUAAAAUUGUUCAUUUUUUAACAAGAGGUAUUAUUUAAGCAUAGAAAUCCAAAAAUAUAAAAACUUUUUUUAAAUUCGGGUUACGGUAGGAUUACGGUAGAAUUUAAACUUUCUUUGUAACUCUUGCACUAAUUGGCAGAAUGGAAUGGAACCUUUUUUAAUAUGUUUGUUACUAUAAGUCUUUUAUUUUAUCUGUUGACAACUUUUUUUAUUGUGCCCGGAAGGAAUUGAAAAAAAUUAAAACUUGCGAAAAAAUUCUGAAAGUUUUGCAAAAUUUAAAAUUUCUCAAAAAAUCUUACAUGUGAUGGACUUUUGAAGAUAGGUGAUAUAACUACAUGCUAUUGCGGUUCUAAUGACAGUAAUUUUGGGUCAUAUUAGCGGGGCCUGCGGUAGGUACGAAUUUUUAAAGUUGAGACUAUAGGGUCAUUUAGCAUAGGAUUUGGCUGUAAUUUGGUUCAAAAUGGUGAAAAAAGGUGUUUGAUAGAUUGUGAGAGCUUCACAAGUCUUUACAAACAAUUUUUCUCAUAUUGCCUUAGGGAAUUUGAAAUUUAAAAAAUUUAAUUUUUUUUAAAUUUGAAACUUUUAAAAAUUUGUGCGGACACAUUUCAUCGUAUAACUUAUCACUUUUUUUGAAAUUUUUAUUAAAUUUUUUUUAUAAUUUAAAAAAUGUUUUAAAAUACAUAUUUUAUGCUUUUUUCAAUAUUUUUUGUAAGGACAAAUUAUACGAACAAACAUACCCGGACAUCUUUCAUCGUAUAACAUGUCCGUUAUUUUUCCCAAAAUUUUUUUUUAGGUAGGAGACAAGAUAAUCGAAUCCCUACAAGACGAUGAAGGACCACGAGUCUACGAAACAAACGAAGUUUUGAUUAAAUCGACCAGUCGAUCCGAUAUCUCUCACUUUGAUCUGACUUGGAGAGCGAUCCCAGCCAAAAAGAAUGGCACAGAUUCGACUUCAGAAGCCACGGAUUCAGAAGACGAAUUCACUUGUGGUGGAGAUUUGGACGCUUCAUUCAUACCUCACAAUUUGACAUUGCCUACUGUUCGUAAGUUGAGGUUUUACUGUGGUAAAAGGGGGAAAUUGGGGUUAAAUUGGAUUUUUAGGUAACAAAUUUUAAAAUUUUUAAUUGUUUGGUCGAUAAAUGAAUAAAAAUUUAGGUAAGAAGUACACGAAUGAACUAAAAUGCCGUUGGAGAAUCCCGAGGCCAUUGUUACAUGGAAUUGCUUUCAAAGUAAUGUUGAUCGACCUGGAAGAGCAUGUUAACUGUGCCUAUGACUACUUGACCAUCGGUGUUAAGGAGUUCACAACGACACGGCAGUUGGAGUAAGCUUUUUUGGGCUUAUUUAGUGUGGAUAUUGGCUAGUUUUAGAGUUGUGAUUUUUUUUUACAUUUUUAAAUUUUGGGGACAUGUUAUACGAUGAAACGUGUCAAGACAUCUUUGUUCAAAAAUGAUCCUUAGUGUACAAAAUGCAAUAAAACUGCUUUAGAAGUAAAAAUUGUGCCAUUCUUAAGUGUUUUUUACUAUUUUUACUUUACAAUAGCUUAUAAAGACAUGUUAUACGAUGAAACAUGUCUGGACUUGUUUGGUCGUAUAACAUGUCUUAUAAUCAAAAAUAUAAAAAUUGCUGGACUAUGUGUACCAUAUGAUUAGUUUACUCAGUCUGGUUAUAUAUAUUUUGGCCAAAUAACAUUUUCUGAAGAAAUGUUAUACUCUCAAACAUGUCCGCACACAUUCCAUCGUAUAACGUGUCUCCGCCAAAUUUUUAAUAAAAAAUUGUUUAGAGAAGCAACAUUCAUGCACCGUCUGUGUAAAAAAGAGCAAAAUGGCUACGACGUGUUGAUAAAUUACGAAAAAGAAGCCUUUAUCUACUUUGUAUCGGACAGAUCAAGAGGGUUUACCGGCUUUACCAUUCAAUAUCAACUUGGUACGUUCUUCAAAUUUUUUGAAAAUUUGUGAAAGGAUAGUAAAAAUGACAAGGAUUUUAAUGUUUUAAUUGAAAUUUUAAAUUUUUGUUUAAUUUCUUAUCAAAAUUUGAAAAUUUUGAAAAAAGUUGCUUAAAUUUGGACUUUUGUGCCACUUUUUAAUCUUUCUUAAUCGAAAAAUCUAAUUUUGUGCCACUUUCAGCCUGCAAAACCUUUGAAUAUGUUAGUGUGGAGCAAGCGAAAUUGGCAUACACAUUGAACAGCCCACUGUUUCCUCAAACUGGCAGUCAUAACUUUAGUUGUACGUGGGGAAUCAUGUUGGAGACGAAUAGAGAUAUCAAGGUCAAGGCUCUGUCAAUGGAUUUGAGUCCGCCGGGAGGUGAAAAUGAGUGUAAUAAUGAUUAUUUACAAGUUGUAAGUUUAAUUUUUUGUUGUUUUUUUAAGGUUUUAGGGGCUGCAGCCUGCGGGGGACAAGUUAUACGAUGGAUUUCUUGAUUGUGCAGUUUUGUUUGUAAUGAAAGUGUAUGCCAUUUUCGUUUUGUAAAGAAAGUUCUUGCCAUUUUUUGUUUUGUAAAGAAAGUUCUUGCUAUUUUUUGUUUUGUAAAGAAAGUUCUUACCAUUUUUCGUUUUGUAAAGAAAGUUCUUUCUAUUUUAAUUUCAGAGUUCUGUACCAUCCUCAAACUCUCUAGAACUCACUACCGAACGUCAUUGUGGCAAUAACUUAUUCGAGUUCAUAGCCAAGAAUGGCAGAGUAUUUAUAACAUUCGAAGGCAAGGCACCAGUACCAGCACCAGCUGUACCACGACAAGGAUUUCAGCUACUGGUCGAAGAGAUCACUCAUACUUGUAGUGAUUCCCUUUCCAUCGAUGAAAUCAAUAAGAAGGGAGAGAUCACUUCACCUGGAUAUCCGAACAGUAAGUACAUACCCCUACCCUGUCUUACUGUUAAUUAUCCUGCCGUAGUUUUUUUUUAUUUAACGCUAAUAUUUCUACUGUAGAUUAUCUAAGCUUAUUGUAAAUUUGCCUCACUUUACUAGUUUUACCGUAUAGCUCAUUAUUUUUCAGACGCACCCAACUCUCUGGACUGUCAAUGGACAAUUUCCGCGCCUCCAGGGCAUAGAAUCAAAUUCACCGUCGACCCAGAGCAAUUCAUGUUGGAGAAUGUGGCAGACCAAUGUGAAGAUGAUUAUAUGGAGAUCAGAGACGGACCGAGUGAAGCAGCACCAUUGAUUGGAAGAUACUGUAGGGAAGAUGCACCGUCGUCGAUUUUAUCGACCGAUUCGCAUUUGUUUGUUCGAUUCGUUACUGAUUUCUAUUCGCCUUCUGAAGGCUGGAAGGCUACUUAUGAAUUGGGUAAUAACGUGAUAAUAUUGUGGUUUUGGGCUUAAAAGGGUGAAGAUUAGGCUUAUUUUAGCUUUUUUAAGCUGUUUGGUUUUUUUUUAAAAUGGGGCAAGGUUAUACGAUGAAAAGUGCCCCACAACUUUUGGUUCAACCUAAUAGUUUUAAAAAAAUUCGAAAUUUUUCAGCAAGUUGUGGAGGAACGGUGGUUCUAUUACCAAACGUGAACGCUUCCAUCACCAGCCCCAAUUUCCCUGAAGUUUAUCCAGCUCAAGAGGACUGUGAAUGGCUCAUCAAAGCUCCGAAGGGACAUUUUGUGGAGGGAACGUAAGCGUUUUUUGAAGAUUUUUUUUUCUUUUAUCUGCAAUUACCUGCUCUGCUUUGCGCUGCAUCGCCCUUCCUUGACCUACCUUGCCUUGCACUGCCCUGUCUUACUCUACCCUACCCUAUUUUCCGUAAACGUUUUUUAUUAGGUUGCAAAGAAAAGAAUGACGGAUUUUACCAGACGUGGAUCCUUGUUUUUUUUUAUUUUACUGAUUCAGAUGAUUCUGCACAGUAGUGUGGCAAACUCCAAGGUCUUUGACAUACUCUCGCGUCGUUUUUAAUUUUUUUUUCUUUUAAUCCCACCGUCAAGUUCCAGAUUCUCGAGUGAAAGUCGCCAAUUUUUAAUCGCUGGAAUUAGCGUCGUACAGAGCGUUCUAUAGCUGUACCAGUGCAAAAUGUCAUGAUAAUCUUCCGCGUUGCCGCGUUUGCAUUGUGGCCAAGUUUGACAUUGUAUAAAAAAUGGCGCGUAACUCGAUCUUUCUGAACAACUUUUAAAACUUCAAAGUAAAAAAAGUAGUACCUGUACGUAAAAAAUCGAAAAAAAAAUUUAGAAAAAUCGGUCUACAGGUAGCUGCUACCUGUGGACGAAAAUUUUUUUUUGGGUCUUCACCCCUCCCAGAAAAAAUCCGUAGCGACGCCCCUGUACACAAUAAAAAACACGACAAACAUAUCAAACGAUAGCCCAAAACCUUGGCUUUUGAAGAAUAUAAAACACAAUAGCAACAUUUCGUUCCAUUUUUGCUCUCUUUCCGUCGCCAGCAUCAAAAUCCGACAUUCUUUUCUUGACAACAUAAUAUUUUGCAUUUUUAAGUCGUGUGACGAAAUGUCACGAAAAAUCAAUAACUAUUUUUUUUUUGAGAUUUUGUUAUACAACCAUACAAAAUUUAAAAUAAAACUUCAUUGCGUUGCCCUGCCUGGUACUGCCAUGUCCUGCCCUGUUCUGUCCUGCUCUUCCCUGCGCUACCACGUCUUGUCUUACCUACUUUACUCAUAUUGCUACCGCACAUUGGGUUUACCCUUUCUUAGUUAUAUCGGUAUUACCUUAUCAUGUCAUGUUUUACUAAAAAUGUGCUACUUUUCAGCCUAAAACAUCUCUGGUUGUCCAUAUCUGAAGACUGUAAACAAGAGUCGGUGGCCGUGUACGAUGGUCGUUCUCCUAUCGUGAUUCAGUCUUCAGAAGCAUCAGAAUCUAAUUCAGAAUCCAAUUCAACUCUACCAGCAACAACAUUACUAUCAUCAACGAACCGCACGGUACUACUAGGACCAUCAUGUUCGAUGCGUGCAGUAAUCGAUCGUACUUUCCAUUCUCAUCACAACACGGCUGUGGUGAAGUUCGUCGCCAAUUCCAGCUUCUCUCGAGGCGGUGCUCGAAUGUUCUGUUUAAAUCGGAAAUGCGGUUUUGAGAUCGAACUACGGGCUAGCAAGUACGAGUGUGGUGGAGAUAUUGAGGAUGAUGAGGGUCAAGUAGUUGUACCUGGAUAUCCUGACCAUGUACUACCUGGAAUCGAAUGUGUUUGGAACUUCAAAGCUGGUAUUGGCUACAGGUAUAAGGUGGAGCUGAAGUUUUUGCAGGAGGAUGUAAGAUGUUAAUAUAAUACUUGUAUUUAAAAAAGUUUUCGAUUUUACUUUACUAUAUGAAACUGCGGGGUAGAGGGAGAUAAGGUAAGUUACGGCACGGUAAGAUAAAAGACUUGACUUAAUGUGUUAUUAAGAGUACGGUAUGGUAGGGUAGUUAAAGUACAGUAGGAUAGGGUAAGUAAGGUAGGGUAGUUAGAGCACCGUGGGGUAGAGAAGGGUAGGCGAGAGUAGCCUUGAUAUACUGGACUUUAACGUGCCGUGACCUUGCUCUACCAUACCCGAUUUUACUUGGCUUCACCCUAACCCAUUUUGUCUUACCUUUCUCUACUCUAUUCUAUUUUACGUUACCCUUUCCUACCGUAUCUUACACUACUCUACCGUACCCUACGUACUCUACCUUACUUAUCCUACCUUAUCCUGACUUAUCCUAUUCUACCUUACUUGGUUCUACUCUACUUCAUUUUAACCUGCCAUUUCUUGUCUACGUAACACUAGUCUACCUUAUCAUUUACUAUUUUACUGUACUCUACCGUACCUUGUUCUAUUUUGCCCAACCUUACUCUUAUCCUAUUCUAUCCUAUCUUACUUACUUCCCUUUACUUUACUCUACCAUGUCUUACUCUACUUUACCUCUCUUUUUUCGACUUUAUUUUAUCUUUCGUGUCGUACCCUACCCUACUUUACCUUGCUUUCUCUUUUCCUUUUUUUCCCCGCCCUACUUUCUACCUACUUUAAACAAAUCUUUCAGGGCUUCUACGACCAAAUGAGAUUUGUAAUCAACAGCAAGAUGAACUGCUUUCCAGAUCUCGAAGUCUGGAAUGGUCUGCCCGAAUCCAGAUCAACCUUAUACUCAGUAUAUCAACGUUUCUGUGCCAAUCGUACGGCCUUCGUAUCUUCAGCUGACUUAAUGACUGUAACAUACGAAGAUCGUACUAAAACCUACGCCGAUGGUACUAUUCAUGACUUCGACAAAAGUUUAUUCUACAAACCAUUUAAGUUACUGUAUACUAGAGUUGAUGAAGAUAUUGAUGAGAAUGGCUGUAUGUGGCAUAUUAACGAUGACCAGAAUAUUACUGUGGAUAAUAUGGCUGCCAAUUCAUUGUUUAGCUUCAGUCAGUUUACUAACACUGGCAUUAAAUGUGAGUUGAGGGUAGGGUAAGGUAAGGUCAGGUAAGGUAAUGUAAGGUAUGGUAAGGUUAGGUAAGGUAAAGUAAGGUAAGGUAAGGUACGGUAUAUAGAACUUGGGUAGGAUAAGGUACGGUUAAUUAAGGUAAGAUAAGGCUGUCGUAAGAUAGGGUAAGGUAAGGAAACAAAUGGGCAUGUACAGAGUGGGGUUUUCGUAUGUUAAGUUCAAAGCAGAAUAAGGUAAAUUGUAGUAGGAAAAAUUAGAUUAAAAUAAGUUACUGUAGGCUACAGUAAGAAUGAGUAAUCGUUGGGGUAUACAGUAGGAGCAGGUUAAGGUUUUACAGCAUGCUUGAGCUUCAAUACCUUGGUAAAGUUUAGGGAGGAGGCUGGGAUAAGGUAAGGCUAAUGUGAAGGUGAGUACGGUAAUGUAGUGACUAUGGCACGAUAAGGGUAUUAUGUGGUCGGUUAGAUCACGGUAGGUAGUACAAGAAAUGUACGAUGGUCUGGUACUUAUUUGGUAGGACAUGAUGGGGAUGACUAUGCUAGGGUGUGGUAUAAAAGAGUACGGUAAGGCAGGAUAGGAUACGAUACGGUAGGGUUGGGCAGGGCAGGGAGCGUAGGGUGGGGUAGUAUAGGGUAGGUUUAUAUUUCAAAUUGUUAUCAACUUCAGCAUUCUGCCACAUUCGAAUCGACAAUAAGCGCAAGGAUUCAACAGUAGCCCUGAACUUUACCAACUUCUAUGCUGGUCGAGAGAACAUUCGAGCUUGUGGUCGAAUUACAAAUCAAGUUCAAAUUCAAUCGGAAACUUUGAAUGAGUGGCCAUUAAAGGAGGUGUUUUGCUCUGGAAUCGUCAGGAAUAAUACCAUCGAAGCGGUGUAUAACUCUAGGUAUAUUGACAUCUAUGUCAUGAACAAUCCUUAUACUCUAGCGUCGAGUAUUGAUCAUACUGUACAGUUUAACUUGAGCGUAAAGUAUAAUUGUGAGUUUUUGUUUUUAAAAGGGAAGAAAAUUACUUUACAGGGCACAAAAAUGGAUUUUUGAACCAAAAACGAGUUUUUUGUAAGUGUAAGUUCAGUGGAAAUUUGUAAUGUAAUUUGCACUGAAAAUCUUCCACUCAACUUCCACUUAUAAAAAAUUGCAAAAAUUUUCUUUACAAAGUAAAAACCUGAAAAAUGAUUCUUAGUAUUACGAAAUAAAUUAUUUUUUGACAUUUCCAGCAUGUGGUGGAGACGUGACUGAAGACGAAUACGGUAACUUUGGUACGAUUAGAGCACCAGGUACACAAAAUGGAGACAAUUAUACCAAUAAUGCUGAUUGUUUGUGGCAUUUCAUGGCUCCGGAAGGGCAAAUUGUUAAGGUAAGUUUGGUUUUACGGUGCAGAGAAUUAUUUUGCGGAAUGUCAAAAAAUUUAUGGGUUAUUGAUUUUUUGUGGCAUUUCGUUACAUGAGUUGUAAAUGAUAAGAAAUGUCAUGAAAGCAUGUUUUUGAACUUAUUUUAUUAAUUUUAGUUGAUUUUGUAACGAAAUGUCAAAAAAAUUAUUAUUGAUUUUUUGUGACAUUUCGUUACAUUUUGAUUGAAACUUUUUUAAAGUUUAAAAAUGAAGUCAAAAGUAAAUAGAAUAGCUAAGAAUGUUAUUUAAAAGUAUUUUUGCAAUAAAAACUUAUUUUCCAGUUGACAGUAACCAAGAUGGAUAUAGAAUACGACGUCUACUGUAACAAAGACAGUGUGGUAGUAGGCGAAGGUCGUGACGUAACCAACGCCUUACACAGGUAUUGUAAUACGGAAGGCAUUGAAGAAUAUGAGUUGGAUGACAGAUUCAAACAAAUAUUAUCCAAAGAUCGCUACUUGACCAUUCAAUUCCAUUCGGACGAGGAAAUUACUGGCAAAGGCUUCGAAAUCGAGUGGGAGUUUGUGUUGCCUGACAGUAAUACAUGUAAGUGA